AUGAGUAAUUUCAAUGAUCAAAACCAUGAUGAUGAUCAUACUUUUUAUCUAUUUGGAAAUUCUGAUCAUGGAUCAAGUCAAAGCAACUUCAACAGAAAAAUAUUGUUAACCGCAAUAGUUUCUUUAGUACUAGUAUUGAUUUUGGUCUUGGCUCUUCAUCUCUACGCUAGGUAUGUUCUUAAACGCCAAGCUCGCCGGAGAGCCGCCAUUCAUCAACUCAGCCUCACCGUCGCUCAUGCUCACGUUCAAUUCGCCGAUCCGUCAAACACCGGACUCGAUCCAACGCUCAUUGCCACUCUUCCUACUUUCCUCUUCAAACAAAAAGAAAAACAAGAUGACGAACAAAACAACAAUAUUGUUGAAUGUGCAGUGUGUUUGAGUUUGCUAGAAGAUGGAGAAAUGAUGAGGUUACUUCCUAAUUGUAAGCAUAGUUUCCACGUGGCUUGUAUAGAUAUGUGGUUAGCUUCGCAUUCCACUUGUCCGAUUUGUCGAACCAAGGUUGAACCGCGGCUUGAACCAGAGAUGCGCGAGGGUCCCACUUGGUUUAAACCCUCAUCUGAAAGUACUUCAGACGGUGGCGGUUCUAUCAGUGAGUCUCCCAAAAAUAUUUCUCGAUUGAGCUCUUUUCAAAGGAUUCUUACUAGAGAUAGAUCUUCGAGAAGAAUUCAACCUUCUAUUACUACUCGCGUUGAUAUUAAUCCUGAUCGUGAUUUAGAGAGACAAUAA